CAAUGGGGAAGAAGUUUUGGGGGGGGUGGUUAAAGAGGGUUGGGGCUGGGGCCAGGGCCGACCUCAGGAGUGGCGGGGAAUGAGGCUGGGUCCGGAACUGACUGACCCAAGGGGCUAAGACCAGUGGGAGGGGAAGGGGGCCUUGAGCCCAGUCCGGGAUUGGGAAAACAAAUGAGGGGGAGGCGCUGGCCACCUGGGAAUGUCCGAGCGGGGGCCGGGCCGAGAAGAGGCAAGAGGCGUCCAUAUAAAUUGGGUCGGUGGCCUCUGCUCUCCCGGAGCCGGAGCCGCACGGGCAGGUGCUGCCGCACCCCAGCCACCAGGCGCAGAGACAUGGAGCCGCCCGCCGCCUUCUCGGGUUUCCCGGCCCUGCCCUCAGUCGCGCCGUCGGGGCGGCCGCCGUCGCCGGGGCCAGAGCCCGAGGGGGCGGCCGCGAGUCGCGGGGAGCAGGAGCCCGUUCCCGGCCCGGGGCGGCGGCGACGGCGGCCGCUUCAGCGCGGGAAGCCGCCCUAUUCGUACAUCGCGCUCAUCGCCAUGGCGCUGGCGCACGCCCCGGGCCGCCGCCUCACGCUGGCCGCCAUCUACCGCUUCAUCACCGAGCGCUUCGCCUUCUACCGCGACAGCCCGCGCAAGUGGCAGAACAGCAUCCGCCACAACCUCACGCUCAACGACUGCUUCGUCAAGGUGCCCCGCGAGCCGGGCAACCCGGGCAAAGGCAACUACUGGACGCUCGACCCGGCGGCCGCCGACAUGUUCGACAACGGCAGCUUCCUGCGGCGCCGCAAGCGCUUCAAGCGCGCCGAGGUGCCCGCGCUGCCCGCCGCGCCCCCCGCGCCCGCUGGCGGCGCGCUGCCCUUCCCCUACGCGCCCUACGCGUCCGGCCCCGCGCUGCUCGCACCGCCCCCCGCCGCCCCCGGGCCCGCGCCGCCCGCGCGCCUCUUCAGCGUCGAUAGCCUGGUGAGCCUGUCCCCGGAGCUGGCGGGGGUGGGCGCCCCGGAGCCGCCCUGCUGCGCCCCGCCCGACGCCGCCUUCCAGCCCUGCCCGGCCGCCGCCUCCCCGCCGCUCUACGCGCCCGAGCGCUUGGGGCUGCCCGCCACGCGCCCCGCCGGCCCGGGCCCGCUUCCCGCCGAGCCGCUCCUGGCUUUGGCGGGGCCGGCCGCCGCGCUCGGCCCGCUCAGCCCCGGGGAGGCCUACCUGAGGCAGCCGGGCUACGCGCCGGGGCUGGAGCGCUACCUGUGAGCCUUGGCGGAGGCGGGAAGCCCCGGGCGGCCGCGGGCGGGGGCCGCCCGCCGAGGUCACGUCUCCGCCCCGCGUAGCUCUGGGCGCGUCGCUGAACUUGCCGCCUCCUUCUCCUGGACUGAGAGCACUUGUUGCGCCUUUCUGUGCCCCCACCCCACUGGACUGAACCCCGUCUAUUGUGAGUCCUUGAUUUGUCCUUACGUUGUGAGCCCUCGGCUGUGCUCUCCACCCUGUCCGAGAACUAUGAGCCCCCAGACCUUCAAUCUCAAGCAGCCUUCUCGUAUUCCUUUCUGCUCCAUGUUUUUACAGCACAGCAGUGCUCAAGCUCGGGUUUAAAAUUCCUUGGCCGUGCCACAUUUCUUCACUACAUUGUCCACCGCCCUACACUUAGUUAGUCCUAAAUUUCUUCUUUGGUUUAUUAUUACUUUUUAACCACAGCACUGCUCAGCUCUGGCUUAUGGUGGUGUGGGGGGAUUGAACCUGGGACUUUGGAUCCUCAGGCAUGAGAUUGUCUUUGCAUAACCAUUAUGCUAUCUAUCCCACCCCUCCCCCCUCCUAAGUUUCUUACUGGGAGACAGCUCCCUUCCCUCAAAAGUACACCUGAAGCUGUUCCAGGUGCCAGGAUAAUUCAAGAUUUCUUAGACAAGCAGCAGUGGGGGGCAGGGUGGGGGUAAGGGGAUCCUAACUGAAAGUGAGCUGCUCCACGAUCUGGAAACUUAGGACUUACUAGGUUGUUAGUAUUUUUUAAAACAAAAAAUGUUUUAAUUAAAAAGAAAGAAGAACCUUUGCUGUGGGCUCAUUGUGAUGGCUGUGACUUAGGGAGGGGGAGAAGUAGUCUGGGAGCUAGAGGGUGAGUUUUGUUCAGCAUCUUAGGUUGUCACACAUGCCUUGUGAGGGACCAGGUGUGCAUCCCAGAGGUUGGGGUAGAUGAGAAGGGGUGUGUGUCUGUAUACGUGCUCCAGUGAGUGUAUUCAGGCAGUUUGCUGCCUAUGUGGGACUAUUCCUAGCUCUCAUGGAUAAAGGAGAAUAGGUCACUCCUCCAGCAAGUACUGGACUAUGCCAAGCACUGUUCUAGGUACGGGGAACUGAUCUACAAGCAAAUGAGAACGAUCCUGCCAUGUAGGACUUAUGGACCAGUAGGAAAAAGACAUUACUCAGAAAAAAAAAAAAAGCCCUUGGAGAUAUGGAAUGAAUACUUAAGAGACUUGCAUUCAAGUUGGGUCCACUUAUCUUCCACUUCACCAGGGAGCUUGUUAGAAAAGCAAAGUCUCAGCCUCACUGCAUUUUAACAAAAUCCCUAGGUGAUUAGUAUCCACAGUACUCUGAAGGAAAAGCAUUUGGUCAAGGAUGGGGGCUGUCUAAAAGGCUAAUAUUCCCUGUUUUAAGGAGUGAGACCAGACAAACCCCUCUCCACACUUCUGGAACUGGACUUAGCAUUUCAACUAUGUCCCCUAUUUUAUCUCAUCAACUGAAAUCGGAUCUGGAUUGGCCUUUGAUCAUGUCUUACUUUCUGAUGCUGACCCAGAGGCUAAACAUCAGGCCUUCCAAGCCCCCAACACUCUCACAUUCCUAACUCCAUCCAUUAGGACCUGAAUUAGGUAUGGGGAAAG